AUGAGGCGAAGAGCCCCGGCCGGGUCCUGCCUCGGGCCUCUGCCCGCGCGGGGGCUAAUGAGCCGCUUUUGCACCCGCAGGAGCUACAAAGUGCUCACUGACUGUACCAGGCACGUGGCGGACCAGCUGGGCUGCUUCUGGCCAAAUGCGGCCGUGGACAAGUUCUUUGUGGCCGUCCACCGGCACUACUUCAGGAACUGCCCCGUCUCCGGCCGGGCUGUGCGGGACCCGCCCCGAAGCAUCCUCUGCCCCUUCAUCGCGGUGCCCAUCCUGGUGACCCUGCUUGUGACGGCGCUGGUGGUCUGGAGGAGCAAGCGUCCGGAGGGCGUUGUGUAGGCCUGCAGUCUUGGGG